UGAAAAUAAAAAUUUUCAGGUCAAAUAACAGGGGAGAACCACGUGCAGAUCACGUGAAGGAAAAUGCAGCGAAUUCCGCGUUUCCCCAAACCAGUAGUCAACUAAUUUAUCGCCGUGGUAUUUCAAUUACUCGGCUCCUUCACCUCCCCCUCCGAUCAGCUGUCACUUUCUUCCCGGAUUCCGACCGGCGGGACUCUUCUCCGUCCACUUUCCGAGCUUUGGAUGAAAUCAACCCUCGAUUCCAGAUCUUCUCCUUCUCGCUGAUUCCGUCUCCUCAGGGGGGGAAUUUGUAUACCUUCUGAAAUGGUUAAGGGAUUCUACUAAUAAUAGGUUCACAGACUGUGAUACUUUCUAGAGAUAAUGGUUCGAGGAAGGGAUGCUUGUUGGGAACAUUGUGUCCUUGUCGAUGCUACGAGACAGAAGGUUCGAUGUAAUUAUUGCCUACGGGAAUUCAGUGGAGGUGUAUACAGAAUGAAAUUUCAUUUGGCUCAAAUUAAAAACAAAGAUAUAGUUCCUUGUUCUGAAGUCCCGACCGAUGUUCGGGACCAUAUUCAGGGUAUAUUAAGCACUCCUAAGAAACAGAGGACCCCCAAGAAACCAAAGUUGGACAUGGAAACUGCAACAAAUGGACAGCAACAUAGCUCCUCUGCUAGUGGUGGCAUCCAUCAUGGAUCUAGUGGACAGAAUGAAAGCAACUGCCCAUCUGCAUUCCCAUGCCCUUCACCGAGCGCACAACCACUGAUUGACAAUGGUCAAAAGCAGAAAAAGGAUGAGACUGACAAAAAAGUUGCCAUCUUUUUCUUCCAUAAUUCUAUUCCUUUCAGUGCAGCUAAGUCCUUGUAUUAUCAGGAAAUGGUGAAUGCUAUUGCAGAAUAUGGAGUAGGAUACAAAGCGCCAAGUUGUGAGAAAUUAAAAUCUACUCUUUUGGAAAAAGUGAAAGGUGACAUACAGAAUUCUUACAAAAAAUAUAGGGACGAUUGGAAAGAAACAGGCUGCACUAUCUUGUGUGAUAGCUGGUCAGAUGGAAGAACCAAGUCAUCUCUAGUAUUUUCCGUUGCGUGUUCUAAAGGAACGCUGUUUCUGAAGUCAGUCGAUGUAUCGGGCCAUGAAGAUGAUGGAACUUACCUGUCUGAAUUGCUUGAGACCGUUGUCCUUGAGGUAGGAGUGGAGAAUGUUGUCCAAGUUAUUACAGAUACAAGUGCCAGUUACAUCUACGCAGGAAGGCUUCUGAUGACCAAGUACCCUUCCUUAUUUUGGUCUCCAUGCGUUUCUUAUAGUGUUAAUAUGAUGUUGGAAGACAUUAGUAAAAUCGAGUGGAUCGGUACGGUACUGGGGGAGGCAAAGAUCAUCAGCCGGUACAUUUAUAGUCAUGUGUGGAUCUUGAAUACAUUGCGAAAAUUCACCAGCGGGAAGGAGUUGAUCAGGCCAAGAAUUAGUGGAUUUGUGACUAAUUUUCUCUCCUUGAGGUCCAUUGUGAUUCUUGAGGACAAUCUCAAGCACAUGUUUGCUCAUUCAGAGUGGCUGUCCUCAACUUAUAGCAGGCGUCCCGACGCCCAGGAAAUUGUUUCCUUGAUGUAUUUGGAUAGAUUUUGGAAGGAUGCACAUGAAGCUGUCAACAUUUCUGAACCACUUAUUAGAGUUCUGAGAAUUGUCGAUGGGGACAUGCCUGCCAUGGGCUAUAUAUAUGAAGGAAUGGAGAGGUCAAAGGUUGAAAUCAAAACAUAUUACAAUGACAUUGAGGAGAAAUAUAUGCCCAUUUGGGACAUAAUCGACCAAAGAUGGAAUUUGCAGCUUCACACGACGUUGCAUGCAGCAGCAGCGUUCCUUAACCCGUCAAUCUUUUACAGCCCAAACUUUAAGAUUGAUAUGAGAAUCAGGAACGGAUUUCAGGAGGCCAUGUUGAAGAUGGCGAUGACGGAUAAAGAUAAAUUGGAGAUCACCAGAGAACAUCCUGCAUAUGUAAAUGGACAAGGUGCUCUUGGUACUGACUUUGCAAUCUUGGGGAGAACUGUAAAUGCCCCAGGUGAUUGGUGGUCUGGGUAUGGUUACGAAAUCCCCUCGCUCCAAAGAGCGGCAAUACGAAUUCUUAGCCAACCCUGUAGUUCUUAUGGGUGUAGAUGGAACUGGGUCACGUUCGAAAGUUUGCACUCGAAGAAGCGUAAUAGAGCUGAACAGGAAAAGUUGAACGAUCUGGUGUUUGUACAGUGCAAUCUUUGGUUGCAACACAUUUGUUGGACUCGGGACAGUAAAUAUAAACCCGUUGUAUUCGACGAUAUAGAUGUAAGUUUAGAAUGGCCAACGGAAUUCGAAUCCUCGGCUCCUGUUUUAGAUGAUUCAUGGUUGGAUAAUCUACCUCUUGAAUGUAGAGGGAGCCCUUAAUAUUUUCAAGGUAAUCAGAAACAAUUGAUUGUA